AUGCUGUCCGUCUCUUGCUCCGCUCACGGCUCCGUAUCCCUGUCCCUUGCCCUGCGGCCUGCGUACAACUCGCGCGGCGCGGGCGGUCGCAGCCUGCCUAGACAACUGGCCUUCGCCGUCGCCGCGUCGGGCUCGUGCGUGGCCCUCGCAGCCCGCUGCGUAAGACCUCCUGUUCCCAUUAUAGAGAGUCCCGCCGCACCGCCAGGCUCGCCCACCGCUUUCCCGAAGCUCCUGGAAUGGGUGUGCGCCCUUCCCGGAGAAACACGGUGCGUGUCCUUGACGGCGCCGCGCCGCCCGCAGGGUCGGACUUCCAACGUGGAGCGUGGUGACGCGCGACCACGAGCCAGGACUGCUGAGCUUGGAGUGGUCGGUGCACGCCGACGUCCUCUCGGUCCGGCAGCGGCGUCGCCCUUCGCCGCCCGCGGGCGGCGGCGGGGGGGGGGCGGCCCGCUGGCCGCGCUGGCCCGCGCGGGGACCCGGGCGGCCGCGCACCGCCGCGCCGCGCGCGCCCCGCCUGCGCCGCCCGUGCCGCCCGACGUGGUGGCGCGCCUCAUGGCCGCCGUCAGCUUCGGCUACGGCGUCUUCCAGCUGUGCGCGUCGCUGCUGCCGCCGUCGCUGCUGCGCCUCAUCAGCUUCCUGGGCUUCGAGGGCGACCGCCAGCUCGGCCUGGCCGCGCUCAUGUUCGCGCGCCAAGGUCGCGACAUGCGCGCGCCGCUCGCCUCGAUACUUGAGCUCUUCGCUGUGAAAGACAGCGGCGAGAAACAAUUAGCUGAACAACAGCCAGUCGAAGGCGGCCGAAGUGAAAGGCAAACUCGCGCCGAAGCAACGCGGCGCGGCGCCGACGGUCCCGUAAUCUCCCCCCGGCAGCAGCGCCGGAGAGUUGGCAACCCCUAUUCGGCCGCGCGCGCUCCGCCGCGCCGCUCCGCGCCGGCAGGCAACCCCCACAGGGCGGGCAGGGAAGAGAAGGGCAACCAGGCCCUUCCCCUCGCCCGACCGGCCGGCCGGCCGGCCGACGCGGCGCUCGCCCCACGUGCCAAGAGGGACGCGGGCUCCACGAGGGAGGCAAAGCGCAGGGGCGGAGCGGCGCGGCGCGGCGCGGCGUGGCUCGCCUCGGCUCGGCUCUCAACGGCCGGUGGCGCUGCCAAGCGGGGCUUCAUGCGAAUUACCACCGCUCUUACAAUAAUGGGACGUUAA